CGUUUCAUCAAUUCUCUGCUAUUAGCAGUAGGAACCUGAAACACUAUAGCCAGAACCCUCGCAACGCUGCGUUCUUUGUCGUACAAGGUACGCCGAUUCAUCACUCUCAUGCUACAUUGUGUUUCUUCAUCUUUUAAAUUUUUUGUUAUUUUAAAACCUCACAAGAUGCACGCAGGUUAGGGUUUUUUUUAUUCUUUUCACGCUUCCCCUUUAAUUCAAUUUUCAGAAGCGUUAACUUUGAUUUUCCUCAAGUUUCUUGUCUCUGUUUGUUAAUGAUUACCACUUGUGGAUUAUACGGUUGCAUAUUUAAAACUAGAAAUUCAAAUUGAAGCAUGGACUAUUGGUUACUCUUUAGAUAAAUUAGUUCUAAGUGUUACUCAUUGAUUUAUUUAUACGUACAUAUGUUUUUUGUAUUUUUGGUGUUUAGGUAUUGAGUUGUUAAUAUUUGUGGGUGAAAAGAAGGGACAUGGCAUCUUCAGAUGAUGAGGGUGAGGCUCAGCUACUAUCUGUUUCAAAUUACCAUUUUGAAGAUGACAAAGACGCGCCUGUAUCGUUUUCUGUGUUGCCAAUUCAAUGGAGUGAGUCUGAGUAUCCGGUUGGGAAGAAAGAGCAGGUGUUUCUGCACGGUUCUGCGGACAAUGGGCUGCAGAAAAUCUUUAUGCAAGUCGUUGCAUGGAGGUUUGAUCUUUCUUAUGUGAGGCCUGAGAUAUCAGUGCUAUCGAAGGAUGGGAAAUGGAUUAAACUUGAGAAGCCUAGGAAAAGCUAUGAGGAUACCAUAAGGACUAUUUUAAUCACCAUUCACUUCCUGAAUUAUGUGAAGAAGAAUCCUGACGCAACUGCCAAAUCUGCGUGGGAUAACUUGAGUAAGAAUAAGGAGUUUAGCUCUUAUGAGAUUAUGCCUUCUCAAAAAGAUUUAUUGAACCAUAUGGCUUUAAUGGGUGAAGCUGCCAAAAGGGAUGCUGUCUUAGCGAAGUCAAAGCUUCUGCUCAUGGUUCUGGAUGAUAAGGAUAAGCUGAAGAUUAAUAAACUUUCUGAUGAGGAAGUUAAAGAUUUAGCACGACCUGGAUUUAUAAUUGAUGAUAUGGACAAUGAUAUGAUUGAUGAAACUGUUGAAGAUUUAGAUGAAGAGGAUGACUUAUUUGAUUCUGUUUGCACAAUUUGUGAUAAUGGUGGUAAUCUUUUGUGUUGUGAUGGAAAGUGCAUGAGGUCAUUUCAUGCUAGUAAAGAAGAUGGUGAGGAUUCUUCUUGUGCCUCUCUUGGUUUUAAGAAGAAGGAAGUUGAUGAGAUCCAGAACUUUUAUUGUAAGAAUUGUGAAUUUAAUCAGCAUCAGUGCUUUGCAUGUGGCACACUAGGAUGUUCUGAUAAAUUUUCGAAGGCUGAGGUCUUCAAAUGUGCUUCUGCAACCUGUGGCCUGUUUUAUCAUCCACAUUGUGUUGCAAAGUUACUUCACAGGGUAGUUGAGGAUGCUCCGAAGGAUCUUGAGAGAAAUAUUGCUGGGGGGGAACCUUUUACUUGUCCUACUCAUUAUUGCUAUGUCUGUAAAGAAAUGGAAGACAAGAAGGAACAUGAGUUACAAUUUGCUGUUUGUAGGCGUUGCCCCAAGUCUUAUCAUCGCAAAUGUUUGCCAAGAAAGAUCUCUUUUGAAGAUAUAGAGGAUGAAGGCAUUAUAACAAGGGCUUGGGAAAAACUUCUACCAAACAAUCGCAUUCUUAUAUAUUGUUUAAAACAUGAGAUUGAUGAUGAACUUGGGACUCCUAUGAGAGAUCAUCUAAAGUUUCCCAAUGCUAAGGCUACUGUUCGAGAAAUUAAAACUGAGGAGAAGGCAAAGCCUGCAAUUGAAAAGAGAGUUAUAUCGAACAAAAACAUCGUUGACUCAGAAAAUUUAUUUGGCAAAAAAACUACUGUUAAGGUUUCUAAACUGUCUGGUAAAAUGUCAUCUGGGAAAGUUGGUGACAAAAAGUCUGCAAACAUUUCUGGAUUAAAUAUCCCAAGGAGAAAAACAAAGGAAGCAUCAAGAAGGAGUUUGAAUGAAAAUAAAAGGUCAAUCUCAAAGGAUACUGAAAUAUCUGAUGGUGAGGAAAAUCAGGCCUCAUUGGGUGAGCAAUUAUUUGCUUUCUGGCAGAAGGGUUCUGAGAAAAUUAAUUCUGGUAAUACCCUGUCUGUUAAGCCUACUAAAAAGCUAAGUAGUGCAUCAACCCCAUUAGAUGCAGAUUCAGAGAGGAGAUUGUUGGCUUUGUUUAAAGAAGCUACCUCAUCAAUUACUUUGGAGAAAGUUAUAAAAGACCAUAAGUUUGCUUCUACUCAUACUCAUUCGUUGAAAAGUAUUGUGGAGAAAACCAUUACAGUGGGAAAGUUGGAAGGUUCAGUUGAGGCUGUUCGAACAGCUCUAAGGAUGCUAGAUGAUGGGCACAAUAUACGAGAUGCAGAAGCUGUUUGUGGCCCAGAUGUUCUAAACCAGAUAUAUAAGUGGAAGGACAAGCUGAAAGUUUAUCUUGCACCUGUUCUGUAUGGUAAUCGCUACACAUCAUAUGGUCGCCAUUUUACACAAUUUGAAAAGCUGGAAGGGAUUGUUGAUAAACUCCAUUGGUAUGUUCAGAAUGGUGAUACAAUUGUGGACUUCUGUUGUGGUGCUAAUGAUUUUAGCAUUCUAAUGAAGAAAAAGCUUGAACAGACUGGGAAGAGGUGCUCGUACAAAAACUAUGAUUUACUUCCAACAAAGAAUGAUUUUAAUUUUGAGAUGAGAGAUUGGAUGACUGUCCAACAAAAAGAGUUGCCUACAGGGUCGCAGUUGAUAAUGGGCCUCAAUCCCCCCUUUGGAGUUAAAGCAAUUUUGGCUAAUAAGUUUAUAGAUAAAGCUCUCGAGUUCAGACCAAAGCUCUUGAUUCUCAUAGUACCACCAGAGACAGAGAGGCUAGAUGAAAAACGGUCGGCUUAUGAUCUUGUCUGGGAGGAUGAAAAGUUUCUAUCAGGCAAGUCAUUUUAUCUACCUGGAUCAGUUGAUUCUAACGACAGGCAAAUGGAACAAUGGAAUGUAAGGCCACCCCCACUCUAUCUAUGGAGUCGUCCUGACUGGACUGAUAAACAUAAGGCCAUAGCCCGGGAGCAUGGUCAUUAUGAUGAUGAUAUGCUGAGUCAUGAUAUCUUGAAGUCAACUGAUGAUGAAAAUCAGGCACCUAUGAAUGAAAGGCAGAUGGGAUGCUUGACCCACAGAAAUGUUGAUCGAGAGAGUCAAGAGAGAUGGGAAUCUAGGGCAAGCAAGGCUGAUAAGACCUCAUGGAAGAGGAAAGGAGUUGUGGAAAAUGAUGGUCGAGGACUUGGUGUGACCUCACCACCCAAAAGGCAGUCUGUAAAUCAAAUGCUUGAGGGAGUACCUUACCAUAGUCAAUCUAAUCCAAUUGAGGGGAGAUCCUCUGUUGAAGGUUUUAAGCUCAAAUUUGACAUGACACCUCCGUAUACUGAGAUUGGUGAUAAAGAUUAUAGGCAUUUGGAGCCCACUUCCUCGCACAUGGAGUUUGGAGCAGCCUAUAGUGGGUCCCAAAAUUGGCCAGGCGUUGCCAGUCCCCAUUUCAGUUCUGGGGUUACGGAUAUAGAGGAACACCAUAGCAACCUUCAGGGAAACAGCACCAAUAACCUUGGGUAUAGACUCCAUGUCAGGGAGGAUGAGAAAUACAUGAGGGAAUCAGAAAUAAGGCAACAUAUUCGUCAUUAUGGGCUUCAGAAUCCUGAUUCUAUGAGGAGCAAUUAUCUAUCUGGUCAUGAUCCUACUUAUAGACAUAAUGGAUCAAGUUAUGCAGUAGGUGGUUCAUCGUAUCAGUCUUCUUACCUGAUGGAUACACCAGCUAUGCAACGAUAUGCACCUCGCCUGGAUGAAUUAAACCAUGUCAGGAUGGAUCCAUUGGGAUCUGAACCUCCUAUACCUGGUACAAAUGACACUUUCGAACGUAGUGUGCCCCAACCUGGAUAUGGAAGUUGGAUGCCAGGUUUUGCAGCUGGUUUUCACAAUGUGUAUUCACGCCAGAGUUCAGCAGAUCGGUUCAAUCAGUAACUUGAAUGUCCACUUUUUCAGGUUUCCUCCUUCACUUCUGCAUAAAGAUGCUAUGUGCUGUACAUAGACGAUAUUAAGAUGGAAUAUGCUAUAACAUGGAGAUUUUUUUUAUUGUCAUCCUCUAACGUCCUGCUGACAUCUUAGGUUUGUCAUGCUAAUUUUGCAUCUCUUUCCUUCCAAAGAGCACUCAGCUCUUUUGGUGGCGGCUUUAUUAUUUCCUUAUGGUCAGUGUAAUUGAAUAGUCAUCUGUAUAUGUCGGAGCUUGUAGUUGAUACAUAUGGUGUACAAUUAGAUUGUUAUUCUCUGCCUUGGCUGGAAUAUGCAAGUGUAAUAGAACCAGUGAAAUUAAUUUACAUGGA